AUGAAGAGUCUACGAAGAAACCAUUCCUCGAAUCCUCAUGCCUCGAAUGUCUCCAGCAAGAUCUUUGUACGCUCCACAAAGAGCGGCAAAGUCCAGAAAAUAGUGCGCGAGCUAUACCUCAGACAAGAUAUCCCGUGCUCGUCAAGAUUAUGCACCGCAUGCCUCUCAUACGCCCCGACAGAUGCUAAUGGUUUUGUUACACCAUUCGUUCUCUCGGAGAAGCCCGCUGGUACAAAACGGUUCCCAAAGGGCCAUUACUUGCUUCCUGACACGAAUGCAUUACUCAAUGCGAUGGAUCUCUUUGAACAGACAAGCGCUUUCUACGAUGUCAUAAUUCUGCAGACUGUGUUAGAGGAGCUCAAGAACCAGUCUUUACCCCUAUACAACAGGUUGAUAUCCCUGAUACGGAGCGAAGAGAAACGGUACUAUCUGUUUUUUAACGAAUUUCGGCUGGAAACUCAUGUCAGAAGGGGUGCACACGAGAGUAUAAAUGACCGCAACGACCGGGCUGUCAGAACAGCUGCGAAGUGGUACACCAAUCACCUCCAAGAGGCCAAAAGGGCUGGCCAGAAGGAACAAAAUAUCCCUGCUAUCGUGGUGCUUACAGAUGAUAAGGGGAACGCCGCCAAGGCAGACGAAGAAGGCGUGACCGCACUGUCGUUGACAGACUAUAUAUCUGGACUUGAAGAUGCAGACAGACUACUGGACAUGGUCAACGAGUCAAAAUUGGCACAUGAAUCUAAGCCAAAGAAGGGAGAGAUGUUGUACUCUGCCUAUUAUUCCAUGUCAAAGAUUAUGACGAUGAUAAGAGCUGGUACCCUUCACCAAGGGAUAUUCAAUGUCUCUCCUUACAACUAUCUUGAGGGAAGCGUGAAUGUCCCUGCUUUUGAGAAAUCACUCCUAAUUCUCGGACGGGAUAAUAGCAACCGGGCAAUUUCUGGUGAUAUUGUCGUCGUGGAAGUGUUGCCCAAGGACCAGUGGAAAACGCCUUCCUCGAAAAUUAUCGACGAGGAAGCUUUAACAAAAGAUGACAAUCCGGAGGCAGAAGAAAACGAGGCCGUAGUGACGGAGCGCGAGAGAAAAGCUCUACAGGAAGAAGUCCGAAAAGCUCAUGGAACAGUAACUGAAAGCCGUCCGCAACCAACUGCAAAGGUGGUUGGUAUCAUCAAAAGGAAUUGGCGACAAUACGUUGGGCACAUCGACGGAUCAUCUAGCUCACAUGCUUCGUCGGCUGGUCGACGUCAGCAGACAGUCUUCGUCAUUCCCAUGGACAAACGAGUGCCAAAGAUAAGGAUACGAACGCGACAAGGAAAUGAGCUUAUGGGACAGAGAAUAUUAAUCACAAUAGACUCCUGGGAUAGGGAUUCUCGAUACCCUGUGGGUCAUUUUGUGCGCUCCCUAGGAGAAGUAGAAACCAAAGGCGCCGAGACAGAGGCGCUAUUGUUAGAGUACGAUGUGCAAUAUAAACCGUUUCCCCAGACUGUUUUGGAUUGCCUGCCGCCGGAAGGCCACGAUUGGAAAGUUCCAGCGGACAAGUCCGACCCUGGAUGGAAAGAUAGAAAAGACUUAAGAGAGCUACUUGUCUGCAGUAUCGACCCGCCCGGUUGCCAGGAUAUUGAUGAUGCCCUUCAUUCACGGCCGUUAACGAACGGUAACUUUGAAGUUGGUGUUCAUAUUGCAGACGUUUCCAACUUUGUAAGGCCGAAUAACGCCAUGGAUACGGAGGCUAGCAUGCGAGGAACAACAGUCUAUCUAGUGGACAAGCGGAUCGACAUGCUUCCAAUGCUACUUGGAACUGAUCUCUGCUCUCUUAAACCUCAUGUUGAACGCUACGCAUUCUCUGUAUUGUGGGAAAUAACUCCUGAGGCUGAGAUUGUGUCUUCUAGUUUUACCAAGUCUGUCAUUUUUUCUCGCGAAGCUUUCAGCUACGAGCAGGCUCAACUGCGCAUUGAUGAUCAGUCGAAAACAGACGAUUUGACAGCAAGCAUGCGCACUCUCCUCCGGCUGUCUAAACUUCUUCGACAGAAGAGAAUGGAUGCAGGAGCAUUGAACCUUGCGUCUCCGGAGGUCCGAAUUGAAACAGACUCAGAACUCUCCGACCCUGUUGCGGAUGUCAAGACAAAGGCUCUUUUGGACACAAACAGCCUGGUUGAGGAGUUCAUGCUACUCGCCAAUAUUUCGGUUGCUGCCAGAAUCUACGAAUCAUUCCCCCAGACCGCGCUUCUGCGGAGACAUGCUACGCCACCACCUUCAAAUUUCGAGGAACUGAUAACUCAACUCUCGAAAAAGCGCAACCUCACACUAGAUGUAUCCAGCUCGCUGGCUCUAGCCAACUCCCUAGACAAAUGCGUUGACGAGAGAAACCCUUUCUUCAACACUCUCAUUCGUAUUCUAGCCACGCGGUGCAUGACUUCUGCCGAAUAUUUCUGCGCUGGGGCACAUUCAGAGUCCGAAUUCAGGCAUUACGGGCUUGCAUCGCCGAUAUAUACCCAUUUCACAUCGCCAAUUCGACGUUAUGCUGAUCUUGUUGUUCAUCGACAACUGGCUGCCGCCAUCGGCUAUGAGGGCCCAGGAGCCUCUGCCGGUGAGGGACUAACUACCCGAAGUAAACUAGAUGACAUUUGCAAAAAUAUCAACCAUAGACAUCGGAAUGCCCAGUUUGCCGGUCGAGCCAGUAUAGAGUACUAUGUUGGUCAAGCGCUUAAAGCAAGGGGUGAGAUAGAAGCUAGGCGCCUUGGGUCCGAAGUCGCUCCUGGUGUCGAUGAAGAGGGCUACGUGAUGCGUGUAUUUGAUAAUGGCGUUGUUGUCUUUAUUCCACGGUUCGGUAUUGAAGGGGUUGUCCGGUUGGAAGAUUUUGUUCUGGAUGGCCAACAGGCAAAGGCCUUUGAUCCAAGCGCAAGCAAGCAAAUUGCCGCCCGGAGAGAAAGCGAGUUUGACAAUGAACAAUAUUCUCUCAAGGUAUGGGACAAAGGAGCUGACGGAGAUGAAAAGACACCGUCACAACCAAGCUCCAACAGCAUGGGUGUCGAGUUGUUUGAUAAGGUCAAGGUAAACGUUAGGUCCGUCAAGGAAGAAAAGGGGCGUGGAGCAGGCAAAAGAAGAGUACGAGUGUUGAUCCUAGAGAAAGUGUGA